GUUAGGAAAACGAGAUUGGAUAUUCCCAAUCCCAAAUUUUAUCAACUUUAUAAAUACCCAUAGAUCAUUCACAAAGCAAAGUAAGAUGACUUCCCCCAAUGUAAGUGAUCAAGAAGCUCAACACUUGUGCUUUCAAGAAUGGAUGAAGCUCCAACAACAAGGUCUGUUGGAGCUCAUCCACGCCCUCCACAACUCCUCCUCCUCCUCCUCCAGCACCCCUAGCGCUAGUUCUAGUUGCACUAGCACUACCACUACCACUACCACUACCACUAGCUCUAUCAGCGACUUCAAGCUAAAACAACUCAUUGAGAAAUCCAUCAAACACUUCCAAGACUAUGUCGACAAACGCAGACAUUUUGCACAUAACGAUGUCACUGCAUACCUUGCUCCCACUUGGUGCACCACGUUAGAAAGCUCCAUGCUCUGGAUCUCCGGAUGCCGGCCUUCCAGCUUCAUCCGGCUAGUUUACGCGAUUAGUGGCAAAGAACUUGAAUCCCAUAUCUCCGACUAUCUCCAAGGCGAGAGAUCUGGAAACCUCUGCGAGCUCUCAACCAUGCAGGUGAAUUUAGUCGAUGAGUUACAGAGAAAGACGAUAAGGCAAGAAAACCAGUUGUCAAGUAAGCUCGCCAGCUUGCAGGAGGAAGUAGCUGAUCAGCCAAUCGCCAUCAUCGCCAAUGAAGUGGGAAAUCUUGAUGAAAUAUGUCGUGAAGCAGAGGAGGCCCUUGAUAAACAUGCAAGGUGUUUAAUGACUCUUGUAGAAGAAGCUGAUAAGCUAAGGAUGGAGACUUUGAAGGAGCUGGUGAUGAACAUAUUGAGUCCACUUCAAGCUGUGAAAUUUCUGAUAGCUAGCAAGAAGCUCCAUCUUUGUAUCAAUGCUUGGGGUAAAACAAGAGAUCAUCAGCAUGGGAGGAAGGGAGGGACAACAGAGAGAGAAGCAUGUCCAACUUUAUCUUGAGAAAUAGAAUAAAGGAGUCAAAAUGCUUAUGUAUAUGUACAUAUAUGGAAUAAUGUUUAGCUGGUACUGAAUCUGUAUUAUUUUUACUGCCUUUGUAAUUUCUUUUAAUCUUUAUGUAAAUUUCAAUGAUUGUGUGACUAAGCAUGAAGAUUAAAAAGAUGUUGAUCUGAUGAUACUCCAAUAACUUUCUUAACAAGCAAAUCUCAAAAUAGAGAUAGAAAGUAAUUCUUUUGAAAUGUUUGACAUGCUAUAUAUCAGCAAAAGUAAAAAUUUUGAACAUCUCAAAUUAGUACUAUCACAUUUUUGAAAUUUGAUACCUCAUCCGCCAACGGGGGGAUAAACAUGAAACACCUCCAAAUUUCUCAAAUUGCCGAGAAACACAAAAUAAUAUGAAAACAGAAGUAAUAGUAGAAAGAAUGAUGGCUUUGUCUUUUUCUGCAUAUAAAUUCAUAUAUAGAAUCUUAGUUUUAACUACUGAAGUUGGAAUCUUUUGCAGGUUUACUUAUUCUAACUUGUCCAUAAUCCUUUCUAAAGUUAAUUAUCUCAUAUACUGAUAUGAGUAGUGUGCAGUUGUACAAACACUAACCUCGGAUGGAAUAUUAAUUUCAGAGGGGAAUUGCAAUGACUGCGAACUAGAGAGGACAUGCAUCUUACUUCACCAAAUAUGGAUUUACUCUACAAUUGCAACAAGAAAGACAACAUAUGUUGGAAGGGCAAGAAAGAUGGUAUCUUUACAGUCAAAUCAGGCUGCAUCCUUUUGCUCAGUACACAGCCCCUAACAAAGAAGACUACACAUUUGCAGCAGAUGCUCUCUAUGUGAAGAGCAACUACAGAAAACAAACCACCUAUUUCUGCAUUGCAAAUUACUGCACAAUUGCCGGACGUGGUUUUUUUAAACUUUUGGGCCUAAAAUGACCAUGCCUAGAGAUGGACCGGAGCUUCUAUAAAGCUGGCAUACAUAGGAUGGGGUUGAGCCGUUGAGGGGCAUACAUUCAAGACUCCAGAUUGCAAUUUCAGCAACAAUUAGGUGUAAAUUACUUACACCGUGUAAUAUAUAUAUAGGGUAAAAACUUGUUUCAAUUAAGCUUCUAACUGCUUCCUAAACUAUUUUUUGUACUGUCAAGAAAGUAUACUUAACUCUUGCUUAUACUUUGGAUGCAAAAAAUGAAAAGAACCAUGUUAUAUUUAUACAAACUUCUUGGGCCUUUGUUGUUUACACUUUUUCUCUGAGCAUGAACAUAGAUUAUACUCGAAAGGAAAGAAAGUUUGAAUACCCGUGUCUGUAAUUGUUUGUGUUAACUUCUUGUUUUUGGAAUGUCAUUUUCCAACAAAAAUUAA